UUCCUUUUGAAUUCCUCCAUUUUCAUUUGGGCGGUACUGUUUCGAAAGGGGGCAGAGAGGUGAGCGGCGGAGGAGGGGAAACGCUCGAGCGGCGGAGGCGGUCGAGCGGCGGCGGCGAGGUCCCUCUCACCUCGGACCUGAUUGCUCCCCUGGUUUGGUUCAACGGGGAGGCUGCGGAAAGCAUCUCACAAGGAAGUACCUCUAGUCUCUUCUCUUGAGAGUGAUGGUUCUCUAAAUGAUCCUUUUGUUCCUAAUGAUUUUGUAGCCGAUGGUUCUCAUCCUAUGUCCUUGGAAAUAUCUAGUGAUGAUGGAGGGCUUGACAAAGCUCUCUUUGACUUCUAUAUGGAUCAUUUGUCUUUGUAUUUUUUUCUUCAGAAAGUGAAAUGUUUGAAGAGGAAGUUAUCAAGUGUUGGAAGAAGAAAUGUGGAACUUCUCAGUGUCUUCUUUAUCGAGAAAGGCAUUGUCUUUGUGUUCUUCACGUUUGUGUCCCAGGGGUUUGGUUCUGUUGCUUGUUCUUUAGUUGCUAUGUCUUGAUGCAUUUGUUGCAAUGUCUGCACAGAGAAGUUCUGCGCCGGUGUUGUCGUAUGUGUCUUUCCCGGACACUUCCUCUCUUUGUUGAUAUGUGUUCACAGUCAACUUCAUGUAAUAAUCAAAAUUGGGAGCAUACUGGGAGUAAAAUGGAGUUUUUAGAAGAUUUGCUGACAUGUGGAUCCUUUCUUAGAUGUUCUUCCUGUAGAGUCCAGCAAUUAGUGGCAGAUCCCCCCUCUGUGUUCUCUCCAGGUGUGGUCCAGGAAAGCUGCUAGGAGAGAUCGGCUAGAGGUUUAGUACACAACCGGGUCUUUCCAGCCCGACCCGUUUUCGUGGAAACGAAUACAUUCUUUUUAUCGGUAGCUUUCUACAAUUACAAGUGUCAUCGGGACAGUGGUCAGAAAAUUUGAAUGAUACCCAAUUGAAAAUCAGUCAAAUGCAAAAUAGACAGUCCAAACCAUAUAUGUGAAGGUCUCCUGGUUAUAUGGAGAA